CAGUGGUGGCCGCCUUGACAGCCCCUGCCCAGAAGUACUUCUGGAUCAGGCGAGGCAGGGCUGGGCUGGACUGUGCUGGACCGGGCAGCGCGAAGCUGAGGGGAGCGGAGCCACUCCUGCCCCGAGUCGGUCCCGGGCAAUGAUCGAUGGAGGGGAGCAGCCUCCUCUGCCUGGCGCCGGUGUGAGGGGGCGAGCCCAGGAUCCCUGCUGCUCAUUGCACAACUACCGCUGCCAGCUCAGCAGCCGGAGCCACCGCUGCCACCGCCGCGCGGGACCCCUGGAGCCCUGGAGUUUGUCCCUUUGGUCCCCAAGAGUUACUUUGAGAGGCUACUUCUGCUCCAGUGCGGGUAACUGACAAGCCCGGGCGCCCCGAGCAGUGAGUGCACCCCAGCCCCCAGCAGGGGCAUUGCCAAGGUUCCUACUUGGUCCCCUGCCUCAGAGCCAGAUGAAUCUGGCAUAGCACCUGAAGCUGAUCUCCCACCCAGAAGAUCAAAAUGAAUCUAAAUUCUUCCACCCAAGAGACUAUUAAAAGAAUCCAAGAUGACUGCCCCAAAUCAGGAAGACAUAGCUAUAUAUUCAUUAUGGUUCCCACUUUAUACAGCAUUAUCUUUGUUGUGGGAAUCUUUGGCAAUAGCUUGGUGGUGAUUGUCAUUUACUUCUACAUGAAACUGAAGACGGUAGCUAGUGUUUUCCUAAUGAAUUUGGCUCUGGCGGACUUGUGCUUCUUAAUGACUUUGCCCCUCUGGGCUGUCUACACUGCCAUGGAAUACCGCUGGCCUUUUGGAAACUGCUUGUGUAAGAUUGCGUCUGCCGGCAUCAGUUUUAAUCUCUAUGCCAGUGUAUUUCUUCUCACCUCCCUGAGUAUCGACCGCUACCUGGCUAUCGUACAUCCAAUGAAGUCCCGCCUUCGGCGCACCAUGCUCAUGGCCAAAGUGACAUGCAUCGUGAUUUGGCUGCUUGCUGGCUUGGCCAGCCUGCCUGUUGUAAUUCAUCGCAAUGUUUUUUUCAUUGAGAACACAAAUAUCACAGUCUGUGCUUUUUAUUACAAAACCCACAACUCCACCCUCCUGGUGGGGCUGGGCCUAAGCAAAAACAUUUUGGGCUUCUUGAUUCCUUUUCUGGUGAUUCUGACGAGCUAUACUCUGAUUUGGAAGACUCUGAAAAAAGCUUAUGAGAUUCAGAAAAACAGGCCCAGAAAUGAUGACAUUUUCAGAAUCAUUAUGGCAAUAGUCCUCUUCUUUUUCUUUUCCUGGAUUCCACACCAAAUAUUCACAUUUCUGGAUGUCCUGAUUCAGCUGGGCAUCAUAAAGGACUGCAAAACCAUAGAUAUCGUGGAUACAGCAAUGCCCAUAACCAUCUGCAUAGCAUAUUUCAACAACUGCUUGAAUCCCCUCUUUUAUGGCUUUUUGGGAAAGAAGUUUAAAAAAUAUUUUCUUCAGCUCCUGAAAUACAUACCACCCAGUUUCAGAUCUCAAACAACAAAAAUGAGCUCUCUUUCCUAUCGGACAUCAGAUAACUUAAGCUUAUCUGCUAAAAAGUCCGUUGCGUGUUUUGAGGUCGAGUGAUAGGCUUGAAUCAUGAUGCUGGAGUGAUCAUAUGAGCACAGUAAAAAAAAUGGCAAGGGUUUACAUCCUUGGAUAGUACUCUGCAUCUUUAUUGAACAUUGGCAGUUUUCCCAUCUCCGAUAAAAACAUGCAACAUGUUGAUUGAUGUGAACAGCCUUUCUGAACCUCUGAACAAAAUUCUUCAUUCCUUCUACAACAAAUGGAAACAAACUUGAGAGAAUACUGGACUUGGUGUUUAAAAGACCUUGGGUUCUGAUCCUUCUUUAGUCACCUGCUAGCUGCAUGGCCCUGGAAAAUCAUUUGACCUUUCUGGGCAUCUGGUCUCUUGUCCAAAAAAUGAGGUAGUUGGACAAGAUGUAAGGUCCCUUCCAUCGCUAAAUCUUUGACCCAAUGAAACUUAAAUCUUCUCAAGCCAGACUCAACACCAUUUUCCAGUGGGUAGAAGACUGGGUAUUAUGGAAAGAUGUCAAAAUCUGACAUCUCAGCCACACACUGACUUUUCAAAAGUCUGGUGGCAAAGUAAGGUUCUGCUUUGUCUCUUUUUCUUAUGUUCUCUUGGAAUCCCCUCCCCACUGCUUUUGUUAUUAUGGGGAACUUUUAGUUCUACCAACAUAGAUGAGCAACUGUUCUGUAAUUAAACGUGUUUGUGACUUCCUUGGGAGAGCUUAGAAGUGCCUAACUCCUAUGUCAGAGACACUGCUCUCUCUCUCUCUCUCUCUCUCUCUCUCUCUCUCUCUCUCUCUCUCUCUCUCUCUCUCUCUCUCUCUCUCUCUCUCUCUCUCUCUCUCUGUCUGUCUCUCAACUAUACUACUCCCCAAAGAAUGCAAAUGAGACUGGGAAUAGGCUGUGAGCCUUCAAAAGACCCAAGCAGGAGAGGAGAGCAGGGUUACAUUGCCCACAUUCAAUUUUCAACGUGCAGUAUUUGGGUUCCUGUUUGGGUUAAAUAGUAUCUAGAGUUGAUUUGUAAGUGGAACGCCAAAUUUUCUUUUCAAGGCUCAGAAAUCUUUUGUGAAGCUCAGCUGGUGUAUCUUGAAGAUUUGUCACUGCCAAUGCAAUUUUAGCUAAACUACAUCUUUGUGUAAAAACGUGGUACAGUGUUCAUAUAUAAAAAGUAAACUACUCCUGUGUAUUAAAGUAUUACUCUGGUCCUGAACAGAAAGUGAGUGUGUUCCCUAUAAUACUUGUUUUCUUUUGUAUCUAAAAAUAAAAAUGCAAAAUCUGUCCCUUCUGGCACAAAUCCCAUGACCCUUUCAAAAUGUAGGUGUUCUGUCUGCAUACUUAACUGUUUGCUGUUGUUCAGUUAAAAUAUGACAAAACUGUAAAAUGGAACAGUUUUGUUUUCAUGUAUUUUAUCUUUAUUAUUUUAAUAUAUUCAUCUUUGGAGUUAAACACAACUGUGAAUAAGUAUGUACAUAAUUUACACUUAAUUAUAUCCAUGUUAAUAUAGCUUAUUGGUAACUUGGCAACUGCCAUGUAUAUGCUUUCAUGUGAAUGUAUAUAAACAUCUAUGUACUUAUACACACAAGCAUAUACCAUCAUUGGAAAAUUUUAGACAGUAACUGGUUAUUUACACUGGAAAAUAUGAGCACCAACAUAUACCUUCCUGAAUAUUCCAAAUAGUUUUCAUGUAACACUUAAAACCAUCUUCUAGUGUUAAAAUGUUAAAUUUCUCUUCUAUUCAGGUUGUUUCUUUAUGUUUGUUCUAAAAAAAGUAGCAUUUUGUGACCAAAUAUUGGAACAUAUCUUUUUAUUUCUUUAAUAAAAAACAUUGUCAAUAACUAA